AUGGCAACAGCAACGAGAGAUUAUAGAUAUGCGGUUGAAUUUAAUGUUCAUGCCGUUGAUGCACCCGGUACUCGUUUAAUUAAGCAAGGUGAUAUUUAUGUUAAUAUAUGUUUAUUGGGUAUGCAUAAACAAACUCGAUUAAUGCCAUCAUACUUACCAAUGCAUACGGAUCAAAAACUUUAUUUUGAUAAGGUUUUUAAAUUCUGUUAUGAAGCAGAUGAUGUUAUUCAACGACUUGAACGUGAACAUAUUCUAAUUGAAUUAAUUCAAAAAGAUUUUCCAACACCUGUUCUUUUGGCUAGUUAUGAAGCUUGUGCUAAAGAUUUUCUUUAUCCAUACUCAUGGGAACGUAUUGAAUAUACUGGUUUACGUCGUUAUGUUCUUCUUAAUCGAACAAUUGAUUUUCCAGGUAUUUCACCUAGUUUUGAAUUUAGUACGAGUCCAACUGUUGAUGAUGUUACUGGUGUUCCAUUAUCAUCAUCAACAAAACUUAAUCGACAAACAAAAUCUAUCAAACGAUCGAAAUCACCAUCAUUAAGACCAUCAUCUUCAUUUACAAAUCGAUCUGGAUUUAAUAAUUCGGGUAACUUAUCAAGUUCAAUAACAUCACAUACAAUAUCCUCUGCAGUCAAAAAUAAUUAUGGUCAACGUGAAACACAAGAAAAAUUACGUGAAUUAGCUGUUGAUACAAGUAUUAAUCCGAUUCUUGCUCUUGAUAAAACAAAAGGACGACCACCAUUUGUUGUACGACAUGUUACUAAUGAUCUUAUUGGUCGUAAACCAAAAUCUCAUGCUGUACUCAAGGAUAACUUAGUUGUUAAUGAUUAUACAUUAUCUCGACCUGAUACUUCCACGUCAUUACAAGUGUACGAUCCUAGUCUUAGUCGUACUCAAUCACUUUCUCCUGUUCUUGGCCGAAGUAUGGCUACAGUAGCAAGACGAAGUCGUUCACCAUCACCAUCUCGUCGCUCACCAUCACCAACUCGCCGUUCGGCAUCACCAUCUCGUCGUUCGCCAUCACCUCGACGACAUUCAUUAACUGAUUAUGAUGAUUAUAUCGGAAAUAUUGAUGCAUAUAUCAGCAGUCCACCGCGUUAUACAUUGAGUCCAACAUUACAUCGUGGAUCAUUUCGUUAUCGUUAUGGCUAUUCACCAGCAACUGAUCUUAGUGACAAGGUUAUUCAUACUCUUCAUCGUAAUCUUGAUCACUAUGCUGCUGAACCAUGGCUUCGUUAUUAUGGGUCUUAUGCUUAUCCAUAUCCGUAUGGUUAUAUAGUUAAUGAUUUACUCUAA